AUGUCACUACAGAUGAUUGCAUUUCUUUUGGAACAAGAUCGAACUUGCGAAUCGUUGGCAUCGUUGAGUGAGGCAUUUCGACGUAAGCAGCAACAACUGAAACUACUUCUUUCAAAAGCAGUGCAUCAAGCUGAAGCCAAGAAGGUGAACAGUGAACACGUGAUUCGAUUCGCAAAUCAAAUCAGUAAGUCGUAUUCGGUGGCUGCACCUCUUUUCUGGCGAUUGGGCGAUGCAUCGAGACCGUUUCCAACUGAGGUUGAAUUACGUGUUUCCUCAUUGGCCGCACCGCGCGUGAAUGCCCCAACAACAACUACUGCAGCACUGUCAUUGUUGAGACAGCCAUCGGCG